AAUUGCGUCCAGCAGCCUACGUGGGUGUAAUAACACGGAGCAGGAAGCAGCCCUGCCUGCCGCGGGCUGUCAUCUGACUGCUCCCAAGUGAGACAUUCAACCGCCCCCAGCCAACGACUGCUGCUCUCUCAAAUCGCAGGCUGCUUCUUCCCGUUGGUAGCUAUGCUGCUGCUGCUGCUCCUCUUUCUGCUCCUUUCCCCGCAGGGAUGCAGUGCGCGCUAUGAUCCUACCUGGGAGUCUCUGGAUUCCAGACCACUUCCGACCUGGUUUGAUGAAGUCAAGUUCGGCAUCUUCAUCCACUGGGGCGUGUUCUCCGUGCCCAGCUUCGGCAGUGAGUGGUUCUGGUGGUACUGGCAGAAGGAAAAGAGACAGCCCUAUGUAAAAUUUAUGGAGACAAAUUACCCUCCUGGCUUCAGUUAUGAAGAUUUUGGCCCUUUGUUUACAGCUGAGUUUUUUGAUGCCAACCAGUGGGCAGAUAUUCUGAAGGCUUCUGGUGCAAAAUAUGUUGUCUUGACUUCAAAACACCAUGAAGGUUUUACUUUGUGGGGGUCAAAAUACUCUUGGAACUGGAAUGCUGUCAGUGUAGGACCAAAACGGGACAUUGUGGCUGAACUAGCAACAUCUAUUAGAAACAGGACUGAUUUGCACUUUGGGCUGUAUCACUCUCUCUUUGAAUGGUUCAAUCCUCUCUUCCUUUAUGAUGCCUCCAAUGUAUUCAAGACAAGACAGUUUCCAACUGCCAAAUCAUUGCCUGAGCUCUAUGAGAUUGUGACGAAAUACCAACCAGAGAUCCUCUGGUCUGAUGGGAAUGGUAACGCACCAGAUACUUACUGGAACAGCACUGGGUUUUUAGCUUGGCUGUAUAACGACAGCCCAGUUCGGGAUACAGUUGUAACAAAUGAUCGUUGGGGAGUUGGCAGCAUUUGUAAACAUGGUGGAUACUACACCUGCAGCGACCGCUAUAAUCCAGGACACCUUUUGCCUCAUAAGUGGGAGAACUGUAUGACCAUAGACAAAUGGUCCUGGGGUUAUAGGAGGAAUGCGCAGCUAAGUGAUUACCUCACGAUUGAAGAACUGAUAAAGCAACUUGUAGAAACAGUAUCAUGUGGGGGAAAUCUCCUGAUGAACAUUGGGCCCACCCAUGAUGGUCGCAUUGAUGUUAUAUUCCAAGAACGCCUAAGGCAGAUGGGUGACUGGCUGAGAGUCAAUGGAGAAGCCAUUUAUGGAACUAAACCAUGGAGAACUCAGAAUGACACUGUCACACCAGGAGUGUGGUACACGUUCAAACCUAAAGAAGAGACAGUCUUUGCCAUUUUCCUUAAAUGGCCAAUCUCAGGGACUCUGGUACUUGGUGACCCAAAAACUAUCAUUGGAGAGACACAAUCUUUGGGAAUGGAGCCCGAACUGCUGAGGAGUAUGCUAACGAGUCUUGCCAGCACAUCAUGUUUGGCAGUUGAGUUAUUCCUUAGGCUCCAAAGUGCCAGUCAGAGCUCCAACGAGGAUAUCUACUCAAGUAAUGCAUAUGACAUGAGUUUGCUUGUGGCAUUCACGGACAUGCUCACCACUGUGGAACACCACUUUUGGGCUCGGGAAACAAGCACUGAGUGGUGGGAUCACAUCGUCAUGCAAGUCUGGGAUGACGAGCAGUGGCUGCAGAACUUUCGGAUGAGAAAAGCCACUUUCAUGGGACUGUGUGAGGCGCUCACCCCCACCCUGAGGCACAAGGACACGAGAUUGAGAGCUGCCCUGACGGUGGAGAAGCGGGUGGCUAUUGCAGUCUGGAAGCUGGCAACUCCAGACAGCUACCGAUCGGUCGCUAAACAGUUUGGAGUGGAAAAGUCAACUGUUGGAAAUGUGUUGAUGCAAGUUUGCAGCGACAUUAAUCACAUCCUGCUCAGAAGAACCGUGACUCUAGGUAACGUGCAUGACAUUGCGGCUGGCUUUGCAUAAAUGGGUUUCCCUAACUGCAAAGGGGUGAUAGAUGGGACGCAUACUUCAAUUCUGGCACCAGCCCACCUAGGCUCUGAGUACAUUAAUCGGAAGUGCUAUUUCUCGAUGGUUCUCCAGGUGCUUGUGGAUCACUGACAUUAACGCAGGCUGGCCCAGAAAGGUGCAUGACGCAUGCAUCUUUCGGAACACUGGCCUGUUCAGGAACCUGCCAGCCAGGACUUUUUUCCCUAGACAAGAAGAUCACCAUAGAAGUCGAAAUGCCCAUUGUGAUCCUUGGAGACCCCGCUUACCCUUUAAUACUGUGGCUCAUGAAACCCUACACAGGGAGAAACGACAGCAGCAAGGAGCAGUUCAACAACAGGCUGAGCUGGUGCACACAGCCCACGGGAGCCCCAAAAUGGUGAGUAAGCACAGGGUCAAGCGUGACUGAUAGUACAGCCGUGAAACAGUCCUCUGGGUUUCUGUGCCUAAAGGGAGAGCCAAUAGCAGCAGGGGGCCCCUAUACUGAACACUGUCCCCACAUUUUCCACAGGAGUUCAUCCUGGAAGAUAUCUCGCUGCUGAGGGUGACCUGGGAAGCAAGAGAGUCUUCUACUGCAAUGCGGCUGCUGCUCUGGCCCAUAUGCAGCUUGCCUGUGUGCAGCAAUGGUCUCCCUGCCCCUCAGUUAGCCUGACUGGGACAAGGACCACAGGUGAAACCUGCGCAAGUGCAUUGCCCAAAUUCUGGCUGAGACCUUUGAAGAGAUCACUGAGGCUGAUUUACUGCAAUGUGAGAGAGCCCAUCAAUGCCCUAUUCCACAUCUAUGCAUGCAUGCAGCCCUAACCCUCCUCACCCCAAGAGCCCGCAACGAAUAACUUCCUUCCCAAAAUAAAAGCUGCUUACCAGGCACCUCCUCUGGUGUUUGUCGUUCUCCAAGCACCCGCCGGCAUGACUGGCUACCUUCCUCAUGGCUUAAGAACAGCUCCUGGCUGCAUGCAUCUAGGGAUUCUGGGGUGUCUUCUUCUGCCUCCUACCCUCGCUCCCGCUUUGCUCCUUCUCCUGCCUUGUUGCACUGGGCUCUGAAGUGUCCAU